GACAUUCACGCUCACGCUGACAAGAGAAGCCUUCCUUUACAGAGUUGCCGUCAGACAUUGCGUAUUGUCCGCAAUCUGACGAUUUUUAUUCCAUUAAUUAUAAAGGAAUCCACGGGAUUCUUGAUAUAAAAAAUGGUCCAAAAGAAGCCGAAGAAGAAGACCGGAAAGAAGGUAGCUGCGGCUCCUUUAGCAGUUAAGAAAGUCGAACCCAAGAAGGUGACCAACCCUCUUUUCGAAAAAAGAACUCGUAACUUCGGUAUCGGGCAAGAUAUUCAGCCAUCCAGAGAUCUGAGUCGUUUUGUUAAAUGGCCCAAGUACAUCAGGAUACAGAGACAACGGGCUGUCCUUUACAAAAGAUUGAAGGUCCCACCACCAAUCAACCAAUUUACCCAGACUCUUGAUAAACAAACUGCCAGCCAGUUGUUCAAAAUCUUGGAAAAAUACAGGCCAGAGUCUGCCUUAGCCAAGAAGAUGAGGUUGAAGGCGCGUGCUGAGGAAAAAGUCGCCAAGAAGGAAGACACUCCAACCAAGCGCCCGAACAUGCUCAAAAGUGGAAGCAACGCCGUAACAACUUUGGUUGAACAGAAGAAAGCUCAACUUGUUGUCAUUGCCCACGAUGUUGACCCCAUUGAGAUCGUCCUGUUCUUGCCAGCUCUUUGCAGGAAAAUGGGAGUACCAUACUGUAUUGUAAAAGGCAAAUCACGAUUGGGACGUCUCGUGAGACGCAAGACCUGCACUGCUGUCGCUCUUACUCAGGUUGACUCAGCUGACCGUGCUAACUUCGCUAAGGUUGUCGAGGCAAUCAAGACCAACUUCAACGACCGCUACGACGAGAUCAGACGUCACUGGGGUGGUGGUCUUCUUGGUAGCAAAUCUGCUGCCAGAAUCGCUAAAUUGGAAAAGGCUAAGGCUAAGGAACUCGCCCAGAAACAAGUUUAAAUUACUAAGCGAGCUUGUUGAUACAAAAUAAAUAAAAAACGAAAAAAAAUUUUAAA